ACUGAAACUCCACGUCGUCGUUUGAAUCAACUUAACUUCCCUAGAAACCCUAGAUAUACUACUCAAACAACAGCAACACAACGCGUACCCCGCAGCAGCAGCAGCAGCAGCAACCUCUUCUCCCUUUCCUCUCACACAACAUCAACAAAUCCAAUGGCACCGAAGAAGGAGAAGGCGCCGCCACCGUCAUCAAAGCCAGCGAAAUCAGGAGGAGGGAAGCAGAAGAAGAAGAAGUGGAGCAAGGGAAAGCAAAAGGAGAAAGUCAACAACAUGGUUCUCUUUGAUCAAGCUACUUAUGAUAAGCUUCUCUCCGAAGCUCCUAAGUACAAGCUUAUCACUCCUUCUGUCCUCUCCGAUCGUAUGAGGAUUAGUGGAUCACUUGCAAGGAAGGCAAUCAGGGAACUGAUGGCUAGAGGUUCAAUUAGGAUGGUCUCUUCCCAUGCAAGCCAGCAGAUUUACACCAGGGCAACCAACACCUAGGUGUCUUGAUGUAUUUGGUUAUUUAGUUCUCAGUAGUAUGUUGCCGAGUUUCUCAGCUACUAUUACCUUUUUGUUCAAGUGAUUGUGAGUACAAUCUUAAGACGUUUCCUUAUCUUUUGUGUUGAAUGAAUCUUUUGCAGAGUUCUUGAGA